AAAAUGGAAGAAGUUUACGAGAAACUGAGUCAAGAGAACAAAGAUAGGAUUGAAAAGAUAUUCGGGUCACUAGACAAUAUCCUCCAGCCACCAUCGUAUAAAUGUGAAGAAGAUAGACCGCUGGUGAUCUAUUCUAUUGCAAUGUCUGUGAAAUCUGAAACAGAUCUUACAGGUCUUAGAGUCAUUCAAGUCAAAAAUCCUACUGCACCCAAGAAUUUUGAAGAUAUGUGGGGCUUCAACUUUAUCAGAUUGCUCAGUGAUGCAUACAUUUCUUCUGGAGCCAACCUCAGAACUGGAGCAAUUUUCCCAACAAAGUUCGAGAACUACGGCUUUGAUGUGGAGCUCGAUGACGGCACUCCGAUGAUUCUACACAGAGGCAAGAAACGACUUGCCAUCAGAACUCGCAAAGUCGAUGAGUCAAAAGAGCAUAUGACUGAAUACUACAAACGUAAGCCAGCAUUAGCCAAAUACUACGACUGGACACUUUACACAGAAGAAGCCAAAUUGGAUGAUGAGCAUGUGCAAUACCUUGAGAACAACGAACUGCACAGUUCAGAGUCUGGGAGUUCUGGUCUCAACAUUGUGGAAGACCUUUACUUGAACAAAGGCUGUCAGACUGUGAUUGCUGAGGCAGGCCCCAAGACAUGUCAUAAAUACUUCAAGAAAGGUCAAGCUGCUCAGAAUCCUUUCGAUGUGAUCUACCUGGCUCUACAUUUUGGAGUGGUCGACAAAGAAAACCUUGUCUACGGCGACGAAUGUGCCAUCGAUUUCUUGGCACCAGAAGAAGCAGAGGACUCUGAGUACAAUCUCAGAGAUGGCUUUGAGAUAGUGCAUGAGCAGGAUGAAGAGGUUGGCGGAGCCAAGUGGAGAUACUAUGUGUUGCACAAGAAAGUAUAAAACUAGCUCAAUUAGUACUAAAAAUCUU